CCAACUAUGAUGACUUAUACCAGUGGUCGGUGGAAUCCUACUCGGACUUCUGGGCAGAAUUCUGGAAGUACAGCAACAUCGUCUGUUCUCGCCUGUACGAUGAGGUGGUUGAUACAUCCAAAAGCAUUGCAGAUAUCCCGGAAUGGUUUAAAGGCAGCCGUCUGAACUAUGCAGAAAAUCUUCUGAAGCACAAGGACAAUGACAAGAUUGCACUGUAUGCUGCAAAGGAAGGCAAAGAAGAAAUCUUGAAAGUUACUUUUGAAGAACUGAGACAAGCUGUAGCACUGUAUGCUGCAGCCAUGAGGAAGAUGGGAAUAAAAGUGGGAGACAGGGUUGUGGGUUACUUACCAAACAGCAUCCACGCGGUGGAAGCAAUGCUGGCUGCUGCAAGUAUUGGUGCUAUCUGGAGUUCAACAUCACCAGACUUUGGCAUUAAC